UUGAAAUAUCAGGAGAAUACAGGAUGCCGUUAUGCGUUAUGUCCGUCGAGUGGGGGAAGGCCUUCUAUGCUGUCAAGGCAGAAGCGGUUACCGAAAUCCUGGUCAACCAGGAUGUUCCUUCUCAAUCUUCGAUACUUACAUCACUCUACUUUGCAGAGGGCAUCGUACAGGCGGAUAAUUCGACAGCGCUUGUGGAAAAAUGGCCUGUGUCUAAAUUCGACGAAGACGUGUUCACAUGAAACGGAUUGGUGGCUGUUGCUCUCCUAACUCUAAACGAAACGAGUAUCUUUAGAUGCUCCAGCUACAUGUAUUUUGGACUCCACGAAAACAGAAUAAUGGAUAUCAGCGUCAUUCAACGUCCUGUGAAGAUGGCGAUGCCUGGAUUUGAAAGCUCUGAACGGGGAAAGCUGCCCUACUCUGGUUCGCUGCAGCAAAGCAAUUUUUCCAAGCUCUCAUGAAUUUCUUUGUUGUAUGAGAGGCACCGUUAGUGAUAACUUCAAGCAAAAGCAUCGCUUUGAACAAUAUUUCAAUGAAUGCAUAUUGAUCAAGCCCGCGAAAGUCUACAAUGAAGUGCUUUCAUGUACCCAAAAUCAUCAUGA